AUGUAUAAUAUUAUUUCAAUAAGAAUCUAAGAGAAAAUACAUCUUAAUACAAUGAAUGUUAUUGGAUGCAAGACAUCAGUAAAUUCUAAGCAAGGGAACAUUCAUUCAAAAAAAUUUUAAGAAUUGAUCAAGGAUGUUUGUAAGACUAUUUUUUGCACAAUUAACUAUAGUCCACCAAUAUCAUUAUAAUUAAUGAUAUUAGAAGCGUUAUGAUAAUUUGUAAGUGAAAGAUGAAGAUGAAGUAACCAAAGUUUAAACAAGAAAGCAAAUGUAAACAAAAAUUGAUUUCCUCUCAAAAAUAUUUAAAAAAUUCUAAGAAUUUUGUAUUAGUGUUAAAAAUUAUAACAUUAGUACUAUUGAAUUUUUGUGCGAUUCGAACACAUUAGG